UAGACUGUAUGCUGCGCAAGCAGACCACCCAUCAAUGAACGAACCCUUGAGGCUGAGCGGUGGUGCAGUUCACCGAUAAGGGCUCUCAAAUCCUAGGUUUAUUUGCAAACAAAAUCUGUUGCCUUGAGAGGUUUCCGUUAUGGAGCGGCUCGAGUCAUGAUUGGACAUUAAACUUUUACGCCCAAAAUUUGGCAUUUGGUCCACGCUCCAUAACACCCUAGGCUGCUGCUCUUAUAGCCACCAUGUAGCUACUAGACUGCUUUGGCUUCAGUGCCUCUCCAUGUUCCAUUCACCCACGCACACACUUGCAUCCGUACAUCAUCAAACUCCCCAAUAAUUGGACAGUCAUGAGCACGCACCAGGCAACAGCGUGGCUCGUUUCUUUUUCCACAAAAAUCAACCGUACCCAAGGAACCGCGUGCUAGGUGUGGCUCUCUGCCUGUGCGAUUAUGCACCCAAGCAUUAAAAAGCCUUGUACAAUAACGAAGCACAGAAAACCCAGAGGUUAUUUCCAAGGAGAUGCGUGGGUGAUCAGGUAGGGUUUUUGUUCUUUUCCAAGAAAUCCCAACCUGCAAAAAUCAAGCGAUUACAUGAGUCAAUGAAAUGAGGAUCAAGAAACAAUGGAGGGAUGACCCUCAUUAUCAUGCUUAUUCUACACCACCUCCACCACCACCACCAGAUCGUGUAUCAUCAACAGUAGACCAGGCGCCAACUGAUGAUCCUCUUUUGAAUGGUAUUAUCAGAAGAGCAUCUUUUAUAAAUUCACAAGAACCACAUGACCGCUACCGUAUCAGCCCACCAUAUGUCGAUGAUACCAAUAAGUUAAGUCCCCAUUCUUGUGUUUCUCAUAAUGCACAGCUCUAUCUACCCAAAAAUCAACGGUCCUUUGACCCACCACCUGUGAUGAGGAGCACAAUCAACGCCUCCAUUUGCUCUAACCAGAACCCAGAAAUCUUAGCAGAAGAAAGAACCAUUGAAGAGAAGAGGCUCGUUGCUGCAAAUGCCCAUCAGAGUACUACUACAAUGGAUAACAACAGGCACAGCAGCAGCAGCAGCAGCAGUAGCGCAGACAUAUCAGCUGCAACUUCAGUUUCCUCGUCCUUACCUGGUUAUGGAAGCUGGUGUGAGGAAGAGAAAGUGUUCCCCUUAAAGAAAAGAAGGAUUAGCUUGGAAAGAUUCAUAAGCACCCAAGAAUCUAGAAAAGUGGACAAACAGAAGCGAAACAGGAAGAUUGCCAAAAUGUGGGCUCGCUCAGGAACUGAGGCUAUCUAUGGAGAAGAGAGGGACUACAAUGAGGUUGAGAUCAACAGUGAUCAAGCAAUAGAAGAGAAUUUGAUGACGAGGUGCACUAAGGUGAAUGGGGCAGGAUGGAGAUGCAGCAAACGGAGGUUUGAAGGGUAUUCUUUAUGUAAGCACCACUUCAACAUGCAAAGGAUGUACAACAGCCGUCGUCCAAGAUUUGGUGGCAGUAAGAAGAGGAAGAAGGUAAUGAUAAGCAGUAUCCUUGACCGGACAAUGCCUUUGCUUGAUACAUGAAAAACUUAUUACUAAUCAGGUUCUCACUCAGAGAUCAUGACAAUGUAUAUAGUAGUUGAAGUAGGGUGUCAUAAACAAGUGAACAAGAAAAUUAGUUCUGGUGAUAGACAAGUAAUCAUAGAAUGUCUUGAUAUAGAUGUCUUUUUGUCUCAGACAUAUGAUCAUGUUUCGGUGUCACAAGUGGAAAAGAAAUACAGAAGUAAUUUGCUUA